AUGUUUGGAAAUUUAAUUGUUUUGGUUGUUGAUAUUUUAUGGGUACCUCUUAAAAUGUUUAAUUUGAUUAAUCUCCCUUACAUAAUUGAAGAUCGUGUUGGGCAGGUUAUAUUAAUAGGUUGGUAUUGUGCAGAAUUUAGUCAUCUUCUACUUAGUUUAAAUAGAUUCUUUGCUAUUACAGCACCGUUAGCUUAUCAAAAAAUUUUUUCAACAAAAAAUACAGUAUAUCUUACAUAUUUAAAUGUAAUAUUAAGUUGUUGUAUGAUUAUUCCAUACUCAUUUCAUAACAUCUGUACCUUUUAUUUUGACAAAUAUUUUUGGGUCUAUCUUGAAACAACAUUAUGUAAUAUAUUUUCAAAAAUUCAAGAUUUUGGUCUUGGUAUAAUUAUGGGAUUAUUGGUUCUUUCAAUUGAUGUAAUAACUUUUACAAUAUAUUUAUGUAAAAAAGAACGAAAAAAAAGUGGAAUUACAAAAAAUAAUAUUGAUAUAAGACAAAUUAGAAUAUUUUUUCAAACUGUUCUAGCAAAUAUAAGUCUUAUAGCAUGUUGUACACAAUUUCAUAUCAUUGCCCCAUACUAUGUUGGUACAGGUUCAAUGGAAUUUGUUCUAACAACAUUUCAAUGGAUGGAGUAUCAUUCAUUAAGUGGAUUUAUUUUAGGAAUAUGUUAUAGAGAUUUAUACUUACAUUUAAAAAAAAUUUUUUUGAGACCAAAAAUUGUACCAACUAAAGUUAAGAUAUUUGUUAAUGCUGUUACUGUUGCUACAGACUCAAAUGAAAAAAAAUAA